GGAGCGGAGCUGAGGGUAGCGCUGCUGGUGCCCAGCCAUGAUGCCCUUUGGUGGGAUGGCUGCCCGACUGCAGAGGGACCGCCUGAGAGCCGAGGGGGUUGGCCAGCACAACAACGCCAUCAAGUACUUCAACCAGGACUAUGAGGCCCUCAAGCAGGAGUGCAUUGAGAGCGGCACCCUCUUUAGGGAUCCACAGUUCCCAGCCGGCCCCUCUGCCCUUGGAUUCAAGGAGCUGGGGCCACACUCCAGCAAGACACGGGGGGUGGAGUGGAAGCGUCCGUCGGAAUUAGUGGAUGACCCUCAGUUCAUCGUUGGCGGUGCAACCCGGACAGACAUCUGCCAGGGGGCUCUGGGUGACUGCUGGCUGCUGGCUGCCAUCGGCUCCCUCACGCUCAACGAGGAGCUCCUGCACCGCGUGGUGCCCCACGGGCAGAGCUUCCAGGAGGACUAUGCCGGCAUCUUCCACUUCCAGAUCUGGCAGUUCGGUGAGUGGGUGGACGUGGUGGUGGACGACCAGCUGCCCACCAAGGACGGGGAGCUCCUGUUUGUGCACUCGGCAGAGUGCACCGAGUUCUGGAGUGCUCUGCUGGAGAAGGCCUAUGCCAAGCUGAACGGCUGCUACGAGGCACUCUCAGGGGGCAGCACCACCGAGGGCUUUGAGGACUUCACCGGCGGCGUGGCAGAGAUGUAUGACCUCAAGCGGCCGCCGCGCAACAUGGGCCACAUCAUCCGCAAGGCAUUGGAGAGGGGGUCCCUGCUGGGCUGCUCCAUCGACAUCACAAGUGCUUUUGAUAUGGAAGCGGUGACCUUCAAGAAGCUGGUGAAAGGCCACGCCUAUUCUUGGCAUGGGCUCAACCUCUUGUGUCUGGGGGGCGGGAGGUGAACUCCCUUCAUCCGCAUCAGGAAUCCCUGGGGUCAGGUGGAGUGGACCGGAGCCUGGAGCGAUGGCUCCUCCGAAUGGGACAACAUUGACCCUGGCGACAGGGAAGAGCUGCAGCUGAAGAUGGAGGAUGGAGAGUUCUGGAUGUCUUUCCGGGACUUCAUGAGGGAGUUCUCCAGGCUGGAGAUCUGCAACCUGACCCCCGAUGCCCUCACCAAGGACGAGCUCAGCAGAUGGCACACGCAGGUGUUCGAGGGCACGUGGCGCCGGGGGAGCAGUGCUGGGGGCUGCAGGAAUCACCCAGCCACGUUCUGGAUCAACCCCCAGUUUAAGAUCAAGCUGCUGGAAGAGGAUGAUGACCCCGGGGACGAUGAGGUGGCCUGCAGCUUCCUGGUGGCUCUGAUGCAGAAGCACCGGCGGCGGGAGCGGCGGGUGGGGGGUGACAUGCACACCAUCGGCUUCGCUGUCUACGAGGCCCAGGGCAGCCAGAACGUGCACUUGAAGAAGGACUUCUUCCUGCGAAAUCAGUCGCGGGCAAGGUCUGAGACCUUCAUCAACCUGCGGGAGGUGAGCAACCAGAUCCGGCUGCCCCCCGGCGAGUACAUCGUUGUGCCCUCCACCUUCGAGCCGCACAAGGAGGCUGACUUCGUCCUGCGGGUCUUCACUGAGAAGCAGUCGGACACGGCGGAGCUGGACGAGGAGAUCUCAGCAGAUCUGGCAGAUGAGGAGGAAAUAACUGAGGAUGACAUAGACGACGGCUUCAAGAACAUGUUCCAACAGCUGGCAGGGGAGGACAUGGAAAUCAGCGUCUUUGAGCUCCGGACUAUUCUGAACAGAGUCAUCGCUAGACACAAAGAUCUGAAGACGGAUGGGUUCAGCCUGGACUCCUGCCGCAACAUGGUCAACCUGAUGGAUAAAGAUGGCAGUGCCCGCCUCGGGCUAGUGGAGUUCCAGAUCCUGUGGAACAAGAUCCGGAGCUGGCUGACGAUCUUCCGCCAGCACGACCUGGAUAAGUCGGGCACCAUGAGCUCCUACGAGAUGCGCAUGGCUCUAGAGUCAGCCGGUUUCAAGCUGAACAACAAGCUGCAUCAGGUGGUGGUGGCCCGCUAUGCAGACGCUGACAUGGGUGUGGACUUUGACAACUUUGUCUGCUGCCUCGUUAAGCUGGAGGCCAUGUUCAGGUUCUUCCACAGCAUGGACCCCGAAGGUACCGGCACUGCUGUCAUGAACCUCUCCGAG